UGAUAUUUAAUUAAAAAACCUUUUUAUUUAUAUUUGUGAACUAAAUAUAUAACUUAAUCAUGAAUCAAGAAAAUAGAAUAGUGACUUUAAUUGAUAUGGAUUGUUUUUACUGCCAAGUUGAAGAAAAGCUGAAUCCAGAGUUAAAAGGGAAACCCGUAGCUGUUGUACAAUACAAUCCUUGGAAAGGGGGCGGGAUUAUUGCAGUUAAUUAUGUAGCAAGAGCUAUGGGUGUAAGCCGACACUUGAGAGGGGAUGAAGCUAAAGAGAAGUGCCCUGACAUCCAGCUACCCAAUGUCCCAUGUAUACGAGGCAAAGCUGAUCUUACCAAAUAUAGGGAAGCUGGAAAGGAGGUGGCCCGAGUCCUGCAACGGUUCACACCACUAUUUGAAAGAGCUUCCAUUGAUGAAGCAUAUUUGGACAUCACAAUUCCUGUUCAACAAAGACUGCAAACAUUGAAUGUAAACACAUUAAAAACAGCAAUGGUGCCCAAUACAUUUGUUCUGGGAUAUGACAGUAUUGAAGACUUCAUAGCGGAGGUUCAAGGCUGUAGCAGUGAUAAUAUUGAUUUUGACUAUGAACAAGCAAAGCAGCUGUUAGUGGGAGCUACUAUAGUGAGCGAGAUCAGAGCUGCUGUGUUUAAUGAAACUGGUUAUGAAUGUUCAGCUGGGAUCGCUCACAACAAGAUAAUGGCCAAACUUGUUUGUGGUAUGAAUAAACCAAACAAACAAACUGUCUUGCCCAAACAUUGCAUUGAUAUACUUUUUGAGUCAUUACCUGUAAAGAAAGUAAAAAGUUUAGGUGGUAAAUUUGGAUACAAUGUUUGUGGAACAUUAAAAAUCAGCAAAAUGGGAGAACUGCAAAAAUUCAGUAAAGCAGAGCUCCAGAACAAGUUUGACGAGAAAAAUGGCUUAUGGCUUUACAACAUUGCUCGUGGUAUAGACCUAGAACCUGUCCAAACCAGAUUCAACCCUAAAAGCAUUGGCUGUUGCAAGCAGUUCCGAGGCAAAACUGCCCUUACGGACUUACAGAGUAUUAAGAAAUGGUUCAAGGAACUCAGUGAUGAAAUAGAAGAAAGGUUGGAACAAGAUGCAUUGGAGACAAAUAGAACUCCGCGACAGAUGGUUGUGAGUUUCUCGCAGCAAGUGAAUGGGCGCGACAUCAGCAGUUCACGGUCUUAUAAUUUUUUGGCUGAUGAUGAUCUGUGUGCAGAACUUUUCUGUCAAAAAGCACUUGAGUUGCUUUUAGAUAGCACCGAAGGAGUCAAGCCUAAAGAAGGAGAACCAAAUAGACAGUUAAAAGCACCAAUAAAAUUCUUAGGUAUAAGUGUAGGGAAGUUUGAAGAUCAUUCAGAUAGUAAAAAAAUAAAAAAGAUUAAGGACUACUUUUCCUUUGCAUCUUCAGUAAAAGAGGUUCCAAAUGAAAAUAAAGAAACAAGAUCUACGAAAAUUUUUGAGGAAAAGAUUGUUAAGAAAAAUGAAGGGAAAGAACAGAUUUUCCAAAAAUUCUUUAAAAGUAAUUUAGUCAGCACUUCAAAUACAUCAAUAGAUACAAAAGAUAACAUAAUAAUAGAACAAAAAGAUGAAAAUGUUUUACAAUCAUCUCUAGAUAAGCAAGAAUCAUUCUUUGCCAAGUUCCUUAACAGUGAGCAAAAAAAUAAUACUUCAGGAAAAGCUAGUAGGAUAGAUGAAAUCAGAACCCCUUCGCCUAAUUGUAAUAUAAACUGUGGAGAAGCUAGUAAUGACACUGAUUAUUCCGGAUCAACUAUAGAUAUGGAAAUAAAUAAAAGUAUAUCCUUAUUCGAAGAUGACCCUUUAGACAUAGACCGCGUUAGCAGUAUGCGACAAUUACUUAAUAAAUCUAAUCUUACAGAAGAAAUAUAUAAUGAUACUAAUCCUUCAAGUGAUAACAAAGUAGAAAAUAGCGAACCUAAAAAUUUAGAAUCAUUCAAAUGUCCGGAUUGUGGUAAAAUUAUAGAUAUUAAUGUGAUAGAUACACACGCCGAUUAUCAUCUAGCUCUUAAACUAAGAGAAGAAGAAAGAGAGCUUAGACGUAAAGAAGUCGUAGAGAAAAAUAAAGAUAAGAAAAUAGUUUCAGAUAAAAAUUAUGCAAAAGCUACUCCUGUUAGAGAGACGAGUAAAAUAAAGCCCAUACCAGACCAAGCUAAAAAGAUUGAAGGAGUGUCAAUAGCUAGUUAUUUUAUGAAAAUUGAUGAUAAUUCACCAACUGAGACAUGCGCUGAAUGUGGUAAAAAGUUGCCAAUGGACAAAUUUGGAGAACAUUUAGACUUCCACGCAGCUCAAAAACUGAGUAGAGAGCUAAACAAUAAAAUAGUUAAAAGUAAUAAUGUUGAGAAUAGCGCAAAGAGAAAAAGGAAUUCAGGGUCUCCAGUGAAAAAGCCUAAAGUACAAUGCAAACCUAUUGAUCUUUUUUUUAGGUAAUGAAAUACAAAAUAUUUAAC